CUGACUUUAUAGAUCAUGCAAGGUGUCGCUCCCAUGAUGAUCGCCGGUUUCUCAGAUAGUAUGGGCCGGAGACCUGCGUAUAUUAUCUGCUUCACGAUUUAUCUUGCUGCAAAUUUAGGGCUGGGCCUGCAGAACAGCUACGCCGCGCUUCUGGUUCUUCGAUGUCUCCAGAGCGGAGGGAGCAGCGGUACUGUCGCACUGGCAAAUGGGCUUGUGGGGGAUACGGUUACCUCUGCUGAACGAGGAACAUAUAUUGCUUUCGCCUCGCUGGGAAGCAUGCUGGGACCGUCCCUGUCACCUAUCCUUGGGGGCCUGCUCAGCCAAUAUCUUAACUGGCACUGGCUAUUCUGGUUCCUAUUCAUCUUUGGAGGCGUAUUCUUUGUACUCUUGUUUUUGUUUCUGCCAGAGACUUGUCGGAAGGUGGUAGGGGAUGGCUCGGUGCCGCCUCCGCUACUGAACUGGUCUGUCUCUGACUACAUCCGGCACAGACGACGGAGGAAAUACGGUAUAAGGGUCGACGAAGAGAAAAUGGCAGAAUUGCGCAAGAACUACAAGUUCCAGAUCCCUAACCCUCUACCCACGUUGAUGGUUGCCCUGGACAAGGAAACGGCGUUACUUCUCCUCGCGACGGGAACAGGGUAUUCUUGCUUCUACGCUAUCAUGACGGGCGCCACGACUUCGUUUCAGGAAGACUACAAAUUCAGCAAUAUUCAAGUGGCACUAAUGUACAUCCCCCUGGGAGCGGGUGGGAUCCUAUCUGCCUUUACGACGGGGAAGAUUGUGGACUGGAACUUCCGUCGCCAUGCGCACCGAGCAGGGCUGACAGUCGUGAAGAACGUCCGACAGGACCUGAGCAACUUUCCGGUUGAGCGUGCACGGCUCGAAAUUGCGCUUCCUAUGUUCUACAUUGGCAAUGCCUGCAUCAUCGUUUAUGGGUGGGUGAUGCAUAAGAAAGUCAGCCUGGCGGGACCGAUCAUUCUCAUGUUCGUCUCGGGAUUCGUGUUGAAUGGCACAUCACAGGUAUUGAAUGCGCUCAUGGUCGACCUCUGGCCAGGACGGUCAGCAGCAGCAACGGCGGCGAACAACCUAUUCCGAUGUGAGCUGGGCGCAGCUGCAUCAGCAGCGAUCGAGCCGAUGCGCAAGGCGAUGGGAACUGGUUUGGCGUAUACGACGCUGGGGUUGAUUAUGUUUGUAUCUUCGUUGAGCCUAUGGUUGAUUAUGUGGUUUGGGCUGGGAUGGAGGCGGGAGAAGAAUGAAUCCAGAAGUAGCGGUGUCUCAGCAUAGUUAUAACAUGCUUAGGAAGGCUAUC